GCCAGUAUUCACUGAGAUCACGGCGGGCCCGCACAUUUGCUCGCAUCCAGUGGUUCAUUGGCGUUGACGUGCUCGCGUCUGGCCGCAUCGUAUAUCUGAACGUAACAUGCUGAGAUUUCACGUUGUGGAAAAUGGACAAUGAAAGUGGAGACAAUCAGCUCCGUGCGAUAUUUUUCGAUCUAGACAAUACGCUGAUCGAGACCCGAAAGGCGGAUAACUUGGCCAUCACCAAGUUAUCCAAAACACUAAAGGACAAAUAUUCUGUGCCAACAGAAGCAUGCAAACAUUACUUGAAGGAGUUCAGGCUGUGUCCUGACAAUCCUAGAACAGACCUCGAUUCUUGGAGAAAGUAUCUGUGGAGUCAAGCUCUCGGGGACGAAUAUAAUAAGUAUACUGACGAAGCUUACAAAAAAUGGCUGAAACUCCGAUACCAAUAUUUGUCUUUGACACCCGACAUAGAGAAUAUGCUGUUGAAGUUGCGCGAAAGCUAUUUUCUCGUUCUAAUCACGAACGGUCCGUCGGCAGCACAAUGGGAGAAAGUCAAUCAGCUAAACCUGAAGCCAUACUUCGACCUCAUAUUGGUGUCGGGAGAUCUGGAUUGGGAGAAACCUCACCCGAAAAUAUUCGACUUGGCCUGCGAGUACGUGGGAAUUGAACCGCACCAGGCCAUAAUGAUCGGAGACAAGUUGCACACGGACAUUCUGGGCGGCAUACAGGCAAAAUUAGGCGGCACCGUUUGGCUGCCGUUGAACAAUCAAAAACUUGAGAAAAACGAUCCCAAGCCGGAUCACGUCAUAAAAAAGGUGACCGACUUGAUGAAUCUGUUGCCGGAGUCGAGCAAAAGACCGGUGUUCAACAACCGAAGGUUGUUUGUGCCCGAACUGGAGGACUGCAAUAGUAACAGCAGCGAUGGCAGCUGAUGGUUGGGUAGAAUGGUGAUAUUAUCUCGAACAAUUUCAUAUAUUCGUUAUAUGAUGAUCUCGAGUUUUAAAAUUAGCAUAGGUGUGCUUUUAUAAUUGACAAAGGCACAUGUUUUACUAGUAUUUUUUACGUUUUAUUUUACUGAUAAGUUUUUAAAAGUACGAAUACUUGUAGCAUGUUCAAACUGUAGUGGCAACAACUCUAAUAAUUUAUCUUAAAAGAAACAGCUCACUUAAAACAUUAAGGCAUGAAUUUGGAAUCUCAAAAUUGGUUGUUUGUUUCAAGAUCUUAUUUCCCUAUUGGUUUCUUUCUGUGUCAUGUUCCAGCUGUUAAUUGGUAAAUAGGCAAUAUGAAAACUAAAUAGAAACACUUCAAAUUUCAAAAAUUCACCCUUAAAACUCUCUAGUAUCAAAUUUUUGUGAUAAUUUUAUUUUAACAGUAAACAAACAACUAAUUCAUGUAGUUACAUUAGAAGGACUAAGUAGUACUGUAGCAGAAAUAGUCGUAGAAACUGCACAAACAUCCAGGAUUUGUAAUUUUCAGUGACCUUUAAUCUAAUAUCCUAGAUUUGUAGUUACACUCAAUAGUACAAAGCAGAAAUGCAUAUUCCUAUGUAUUUAUUUGAUCGUUGUGCUAUACAGUAUUUAGUUGGUUUAUUUGUCAAAUUAUAUAACUAAAGAAAAGCUUCAGCAACAAAACUUACUGUUUGAUGCUGUGAAGAAUUUUCAGUAAACGUUAGUUAUGAAAUGGUUAUUUAGUUGUGAAGAACAAACUUUUGUUAUUAGUUCUUUAUUUAAAAUGUUAAAGGAUGUAGUGUGAAGAACAACAUAUAUUUUUAUAGCAAAUCUCUUGUAAAUAAAUUCUUCAAUGCUUGUUUGGACUGAUAGAACUAUAUAAAGUGACACAAUAUUUUUAUUAUCAAAAUCUAGUUAAAGUGAAUUGUAUAGAAACAAUUACCGGUAACUUAACUAGCUUUCAUAAAAGUAAAUUAUAUUUAUACACUGAAAUUUUCAUUAAAUGUAAAGAUAGACAAAAUAACUUACCACACAUAAGUCUGAUUAUGCAGGAAUAAAAAUAUUUAUUUAUUGUAUUGUAUCUAAUAGGUUAUUUGUUUAAACACAACCGUUUUAAUUGUGCAAUAUACAUCUUAAAAACAGUAAUCAAAACGAAUAUUUCUUUUGCUUAACGACACAUUCAAGCAGCUGCUGCCAUUUGAGUAACUGGUCAUUGUUGACACAAAAGCAAAAGAAUAUGCAAUACAUCAGUACCUUUUUGUAGAUUAUAAAACGGGUAGGAAUCUAAAAAUGUUCGUGCAAAUAAGUUGUGCAAUUUUGAUUGUGAUAGUAAAUCUCACGACAUUGCUCAAUAUAUUUUUGUAUUUUUAUAAAUGUUUUGUUCUGGGAAACGCACGUUUCCGCUUCUGCCUUGUUGAAUUUGUUUUUAGAAUCAAUAGGAGUUUUGCUUGUUUUUGUUUAAGAUAUGUUAUUUUCGUAAUAAAGAUAUAAAAGAACAUUGAAAUGACAUGUUUUAUUUCUUAAACAAUUUGGACUUCAGGAGAGUCUUCUGAAAUUAUAUCGGAACUGCUGUACUUAACUUUAUUGAUACAUACAAACAUACAACUAAUAUUACAACUAGAUAAAUCAAAUUCUAAACACACAACCAAAAUCAAUGUUAAAAUCCAUCUAUACAAAAGUGAAUUUAACGAUAUGUACGAUAAUUUACUAAAAUUAAUGUUAAAAUAUUAGCACUUCACCGUUUGGCCUAUUUUGGGCAAAAUAUACACAAUAUAAACACAGUUUUUUUUUGUU